UAUUUUAUAGUUUAUACCAAAUUAUCAACUAGACUACUAGAGGGUAGAGCCGUAGAGGCUGCUCUCUCCAUCCCUUUGACCCUUCGCUUUAUGAUUUCCCUCUCUCUCUCUCUCUCGUACAAGCCUCAUCCACUCCUAAAAUUCCCAGUUCGCACCACAAAUUGUCUUCGAAAUAAAAAGCUGUAGCAGUAGUAGCAGCAGAACUUGUAUUCCACUCUUCCUCUAUCAAAUCUCAUCUGCAACAGAUCUUCCAAUUCUCUUCUUCUUCAUCAUCACUCGUCUCUCUGUCUCUCUCUCUCUCCCUUUGUGUGUAUCUGGAUCGGUUGCUAAUUGGUCAGACGGUUUAUCCUGACUGUAUCUGUUUAGCUCUCGAGCUCUGCAUCUUGUUGCUUUCGUUGAUGGAGCUUGUUCACUCGUACGUUUUCCUUUCUAAUUGAGGUUCGUUCUGUGUUCGAGGUUCGCCAAAUUUUCACAAUCUCAUGAAUACCAUCAAAAGAUUACCACCAAGUAUCAGAUCAGCUCCUCCAAAAGUAGGGGUGCAAGUCGGGCGGAUUGAAGGUCAACCCAGCCCAACCCUAAAGGUGUAAACCUCAGGUUCUGGCCUGGCUCAAUCGGAGAGGUGGUCGAGCCUGGCUUACUCAGAUCAUGUAUCAUAAUGCACUAUUGAUUGAGCCUGGUCUCUGACCAUUAUCUUCUUAGCUGCAUUGUGAGAGGGAAGUACUGGCAUUCUGAUGGGGGAUCAUUUUAGCUUCAAAUUGUUUUAGAUAUUAUUCUAACUCAUCAUGUCAGACCAUGUUGUGCAAAGUUUUCACGAUGGUGAUACAAAAGUCAGGGAGUCAUUACACCCAUACCAAUCUGUGUGGAUGGCCCAUUGGAUGAAAACAAACUGUGACUCAGCUUCACGGGUUCAUAACCAUAUCUGUCCUCACAAUGAAAGCAAGCAAGAGCAUCAUGAUACUAGGCAGAGCCCCAUGCCCGUGGAAACUGAUGAGCCUAAGGUCACAGGGUCAGUUGUAGAUGUGCAUCCAGACAAUGUUUUGGAUCACAUGAAUGAGUGGGGACGUGAACAAGGCUUAAAGGUGGAAUCCAGUGUUUCCCAAUAUGGAAAGCGAGUUGAAAAAAUAACUGAAACUGGAAGAGUUGAAAUGGCAGAUGAGAUGGUGGCAAUGAACUUAAGAAAUUACAGAAAUGCAAGUUCAACAUGGCAAUCCUUUCCAAUUUUCAAUUUUGAUAAAAAGAAAGAAUAUAUUUUAGCUUCAAAAAACAAUCAACCUUUCAAUGACAGGCAGCCAUCCAGGUUUCAAUUCAAUGACAACACUGGGCAUGUUACUGCCAUGGAUGGCAGAACUGAGUCCCAUUUUCACUCAAAAAUGCUUGAAUUAUGUACUUCUGGAUUAGAAUGUUCAUCUAGAGAAUAUCAUCUGACUGAAGAUAUAUCACAAAUUUCUGGGAAGCUGGUGAAUUCUCAUAAGAUUCUAGAAAAGAAAACCUUCCCUGCCUGGAGGCCAUUGUGGGGUGGUCAUAUGGAGUCGAGAUAUAAUAUUAUGCCUUGUGAUUUUAAGUCUGUACAGAUGCCAUUAAAAUCCGUUGGCUACAAAAAUGAAGAAAUUGAUCAGUACUCUGGAUUAUCAUCCAAAGAAAACCUCAAGAAAAGUAAACUUCAUCAUUAUGAAACAUCUAAUUAUGGUGCCUCUUCUAAGUUUUUAAUCUGUGAUAAGGAGAUGGAUAACCAUCCAAAUGCUAGAAAUUCCAGAUAUCCAUAUUUGGAGCAGAAGAGUGAAAUCUUGAAACUGCCUGAUCCUUCAAUUACUGAUUUGAGUCCCCCAUUUUUAAUUGGAAAACAAGGUAAGAAGCGUAACUUUCCUAUUUCUGGAAUUUUACCAAGCCACAGCAGCUCUGCUGGGGAAUCCAAGUUGGAGGAGUUAAACUAUGGAUAUAGAUCACUACACAGAACUCCAAGUUGUUCUUUUAAUGAUGUAGAAACUCUGAGAAUUUGUACCACAGUUGAUUCUGUGGAAGGAGUCCCUGGUGGCCCAUCAAAGUUUUCUCAGACAACUCAUCAUUUGUUGAUCACAAAAAAGACUGAUGUUAACAUGUUGAAGGGAGGCCAAAUUAUCAGAGAGUCAAUGGUGUCUACAAAAUUCAAAGGAAGUGCAUUCUAUGAACUGCUUACAUUACCUUUUAAUUUUGGUUCGCAUGGUAAGCAAAAGCUUGAGCCUCUAGAGAACUCCACAUACCAAGAAGGAAAAGAAGAUGUUGAGGAUGCCAAAACUGAUUCACUAGUUUUGAAGAAUGAAUCAUCAGAUGAAACUGACACUAUGGACAUGGAUGUUUUUCAUUCCAGGAGCUCUCCUCCAGGUGAAGCUUUGCAUACAUCAAAUAAGCAUGUUUUGCAGUGUGUCAUGGUCGACCAUGGUCCCACAAAAGCUGAAGUAAAGACGGCUUCAUUUAAAGAAAUUGAAAGUAUAAAAGCACAGACAGAAGUUUUUGAUAGGAGCCAGGAGGCUCCUGCCUCUUCAGCUGCAGCAGGCACAAUGGAUAACGGAGGGUUGAGCACAUCAAGAACUGAGAGUUUGGAUGUGGAUUACCUUCUUUCCCACACUGAGCAGCCUGAUGAUUCAAUCUUUAGUCCUCAACAGGAGAGCGCUCAAGGCCUGGAUCCUGGCAACAGAUGGGUUAAGCGUCUCAAGCCAAGUGCUUCCAAUUCUCUUGCUCACGAUACCAAAAGUUCAAAACUGGGAGAUGCAUCAUCCAAUGUAAAAGUAAAUAAGUUGUUUGGCACAGUCAUGAAUUAUGGCAGAAGUACCUCUGAGCCCAUAUUGGGUAAACGUUUUGGGAAGGGACAGAUGGAAUCAGAUAAAGCCGUGAUGUUAUUGACUAGUGGGGAAUGUUCUUCCAUGGGUUUGAUGAAGGAAAGUUGGGAUCUAUCACAUUCUUGGAUUCAGAGAUGGUGUCGCCAUCAUGCAGUGGCGCCAUUGAUGAAGCCAGCAUCAACUUAUGUUUGUGAACCACACGGUUCCAAGGCAGCUUCAGAGGAACUAGAAAGGAAGCAAUUUCCAAGUAUUGCUGCUAUGGCAUUGGUGGGGAAGGCCAUGAGUGGUUUCCGUCCAUGUGAGUUCAGGAAAAGAGGGUCGUCUGUAGUUUGGAAUACAGAGGGGUUCUAAGGUUACUCUAAGAUUACUUGCUGCCUGAUGGAAGAAGAUGAACAGUUAAAACUCCUCUCGACUUUGUGAGAUCAGAGAGGAACUUUUCAGCAAUUAUGAAUUAUAGUGUGACAAAGGCAAGAGGAUCAAUCAUUUUGCAGUCACUAAAAACAAAUUGGAAGUUUGUUGUCUGGGAUUUGGAGGCCUGUGUAUUGUAUUGAUAUAUAUUCUGCAAUUCCUAGUUCCGCAUCAUAAUUUGAUUUCUUUGGUUCUCUCAUAUUUCAACUUUCCUGGAAAACAAUGGUUUUCCUCUGCUGGCAUUUGUAACUUACAUUUAUUGGCUUUUUUUUUUUUUUUAAGUAUGAAUUCAGUCUUCACAGAACGGUCCUCACACCA